AUGAGCUCUAUUGAUGAGAAGCCUCUUUCAUGGUUCAUCAGACUGAUUCAUGAUACUUGCAUUCAUUUGAAUAAAUCUAUGUUGCUCCUCUGCUUAUUCCACUCUAAUUCUACAAUGAGCUCUAUUGAUGAGAAGCCUCUUUCAUGGUUCAUCAGACUGAUUCAUGAUACUUGCAUUCAUUUGAAUAAAUCUAUGUUGCUCCUCUGCUUAUUCCACUCUAAUUCUACAAUGAGCUCUAUUGAUGAGAAGCCUCUUUCAUGGUUCAUCAGACUGAUUCAUGAUACUUGCAUUCAUUUGAAUAAAUCUAUGUUGCUCUUCUGCUUAUUCCACUCUAAUUCUACAAUGAGCUCUAUUGAUGAGAAGCCUCUUUCAUGGUUCAUCAGACUGAUUCAUGAUACUUGCAUUCAUUUGAAUAAAUCUAUGUUGCUCCUCUGCUUAUUCCACUCUAAUUCUACAAUGAGCUCUAUUGAUGAGAAGCCUCUUUCAUGGUUCAUCAGACUGAUUCAUGAUACUUGCAUUCAUUUGAAUAAAUCUAUGUUGCUCCUCUGCUUAUUCCACUCUAAUUCUACAAUGAGCUCUAUUGAUGAGAAGCCUCUUUCAUGGUUCAUCAGACUGAUUCAUGAUACUUGCAUUCAUUUGAAUAAAUCUAUGUUGCUCCUCUGCUUAUUCCACUCUAAUUCUACAAUGAGCUCUAUUGAUGAGAAGCCUUUUUUCAUGGUUCAUCAGACUGAUUCAUGA